ACUUGAUAGGCGGGAUUGAGGGGGGUGUUCCAGCCCCCUGGGCCGGCCGGGCUUUAUUCUAGAGUUAAUGGCGUGUGGCUGCAGCCACAGUUUGUAGGUGAAACCCCAUUGGCUUCAUUGGCUCCUUGAUUUAAACCACGCCCGGCUUUCUGCCGGCUUUGCUGUUGCUGCUACUGCUGCUGCUGCUGCUGCUGGGCUCGGUCUCCCAGACACAUCCCAGCCCAGCUUGCAGGAAGCCCGGGCUCCUGCUGCUGCUGCUAUUGUGUGGAUGCCGCGCGUGUUCACUCUUUUCCAGGGAUGGCUAACAGGGGCCCCAGCUAUGGCUUAAGCCGCGAGGUGCAGGAGAAGAUCGAGCAGAAGUAUGACGCAGACCUGGAGAACAAGCUGGUGGACUGGAUCAUCCUGCAAUGCGCCGAGGACAUAGAGCAUCCGCUCCCUGGCAGGACCCAUUUUCAGAAAUGGUUGAUGGACGGGACGGUCCUGUGCAAGCUGAUAAACAGUUUAUAUCCACCAGGACAAGAACCCAUUCCAAAGAUCUCAGAGUCAAAGAUGGCUUUUAAGCAGAUGGAGCAAAUCUCCCAGUUCCUGAAAGCCGCCGAGGUCUAUGGAGUCAGGACCACUGACAUUUUUCAGACAGUGGAUCUUUGGGAAGGGAAGGACAUGGCAGCCGUGCAGAGGACCCUGAUGGCUCUAGGCAGUGUUGCAGUCACCAAGGAUGAUGGCUGCUACCGGGGAGAGCCAUCCUGGUUCCACAGGAAGGCCCAGCAGAAUCGGAGAGGAUUUUCAGAGGAGCAGCUUCGCCAGGGGCAGAACGUGAUAGGCCUGCAGAUGGGCAGUAACAAGGGUGCGUCCCAGGCAGGCAUGACUGGGUACGGCAUGCCCAGGCAGAUCAUGUAAGAUGCUGCAUCGUGCCCCCUGGUAGAGAGGACGAGUGUUCCACACCAGAGUCCAUGACAAAGAAAUAGGUAGUCACCUUCUCACCUUCUCCUCUUUCUCAAAGCCUUCUCUCCCUGGUUUUCGCAAGUGCUGCAUUUCUGCUGAGAAUCCACGUUGCCUACUGCUGCCACCUUCAGUUCAUUUAGAACUAUGCAAAGACUCCGCUUCCUCUUGAUCUCUUGUGCCCUAAAGUCUCAGUUUGUUUGAUUAUUUAUUUAUUUAUUUGCCAAAAUAUUCUCUCCUCAACUUACAGAACAUACCUAAUAAACAAAGUAGUCUUGAGUCUUAAA